AUGAGGUCUCGUACUGUGGAGCCGUUGAUUCAAAGGCUACCACCCCUUAAAAGAGCCGCUAGCCUUACAGAGGCUGAGGCACGGCGGGCGCUGCGCUGUCUUCACGAGUUUUCUUAUUAUCCAAUCCCAGAAGUGUUAGGACGAGAGGUGCCCUGUAAAACGCAGGACGCACCUGUGCUGGACUCAGGUUAUGUCUCGGAAAACGAUGCUAACGAGAUAUCCAACGAGAACAAGGCCAUAUCUCUGCAUCUGGAACCGUUAGAACGCGACUACGCUGUGCGAUGGCUUACGGGAUUUGUUGGACAGGCCUGGGAGCUGUCUCUUAGUGAUGAGACACGAGAUGGCUUUGUUGAUGCGGCAUGUUCACUAUUAUCGCAUCUCACUUCGACCGAGAAUGGUUGUAGUACGACUGAUGAGGAGGACCUUGGCAUGACGCGCCGGUUUCGGUUCUCGACAAGUGACAACGCGGAAGACCUUGUUGUUGACCUCUACGACACCCCCAUGCAAACGGGAGAAGAUCACACAGAUGUUGGCUUGCAGACUUGGGGGGCAUCUAUCGCAUUCUCACAGAUGCUUUGCAGCGCGCCAUCAGAGUUUAACUUGGAUCAGAGAACGCUUGAUGCUUCCACACGAAUAGUUGAGCUUGGUGCCGGGACAGGCCUUGUUAGCAUGGUGCUUGCAAGCUUACUACCCUCACUAACUGAUUCGCUCCCCUCCAUUGUUGCGACGGACUACCAUCCCACCGUGCUGAAAAACUUGGAAAGGAAUGCGGCGUCACUCAGCUCUAAGGCGGAACCUGCGGCGUUGAUGCAAGUCGCUCAUCUUGACUGGUGUGCCCCUACGCGGGAGCCCCCUUUGGAUGUAUUGGCAAACAUAGUUAUUGCCGCAGAUGUUGUCUACGCUGCGGAACAUGCUUGCUGGCUUCGUCAUUGUGCCGCUCAUAUCCUCGCACCUGGAGGCGUCUUCUGGCUCAUGGUUUCUAUUAGACCAAAUGGCAAAUUCGAGGGUGUUUGCGAUUCAAUCGAGGCUAUAUUUGCUGAAAACAAUACUACCACUGCAGAUAGUCGCCAGCAUCUAAGGAUACUGAGCAAGCAGUGGAUAGACAAGAAGCAUAACAUCGGACGAGCUGAUGAAGUCGGAUAUAGGCUCUUCAAGAUUGGCUGGGCAUAA